AUGGGAAUAAUAGGAGAAAACAAUUCCCGCGAUCGUUUACCCCACCGUUUACUAUUGACUCCUGAUGCUCCUCCACCUCCCCUAGUAGAAUUCGCACACGGGACGGUUAACGCAUUCAUCAACCAGCUAGUAGAGGAGGUAACGAGGCUACAGCAGAACCUCCAGCGACUCCAGGAGACCACUGCGGCGGCAACUGCCAGACUAGAAGAAGAGCUAGAAUCCAGGCGCCAGCAUAUCAACCGGCUCGAAGCAAAACUAGAGCGGCAACGGGACUACGAUGACCUCAAACGUGAAAUCAGCGUUCUUAGAUCCGUGGAUUUGUCCCAAAUUCCAACCGGAGAACCUGGAAAGAGUCUUGAGCACCUGCUGAUGGAGCGUAACAAAGCUCUUCAGCAGGCGGAGUCUCUUAAAUCCUCAACGCCAGACACCGUCGGUGGACUAGCUUCGCCCCUGCACCGCGCCUCAACCGCGUCACCCCACAUCGGAGGUGUUGGUAUUAGCGUCGGUGGUGGAAGAAGCACAACCCCCGCCCACCCAUCAGCCUCCCGUCUGACCCCAACUCCAACAGGGGCCCAAAACCUCUUGUUCCCACCUCCCCUCCAGAAUGUCGAGACCUUUGGGUCAUUUUUGGGCGAGGAGAUUGUCGCCAAUUGGCGGCGGUCUUUAGAACGCUCGAUAAUGAGCCAACAGAGCUCGACUGGGCAAUCAGUCGCGGUUCAGUCCCUGAGUAUCCAACAGAAUUCCGCCACUGGGGCAAUAGCAACCUCACAAGUUAACGCAGCAAUUCAAUCAUCAAAUCACCCAUCUCCGUCAACAGAUCCAGUAUCAGCGUCGACGACGUCAGUGACAAAUCCACCACCCGCUAAGUCAGUUACGCCGAUAUCCAGCUGCGUUGACGCGUCAGAAAAAGCCCCAACACCAAUUCCUGGACAUGAGACACCAGCACCUCCAACGCCGACGUCAACUGGGGCGUUGACGUCACCUAGUGCUGCGCCAAUCAGCCAGGAAGCUCCCAAUCCUGUCAGCUUCAGCGUCAAUGGCUCCCUCAUUGGACCCAAGAGUCCUGACGAGUGCCACAACAACAACAACAGCCAUCACCUCACCAACAACAACAUUGGACUCAGUGUUCUGGACAGUCUUAAGUCACCGUUCAGGUUCGAUGAUAGGAACCACCCGUUCCGAUUUGGUGAUGAGUUUGGAGCUGCUGGAAUGGCUGGUCGUCUUGGUGAGUCCUUGAUCCCUAAAGGCGACCCAAUGGAGGCCAGGCUUCAGGAGAUGCUUCGCUACAACAUGGACAAGUAUGCUAGCCAGAACCUGGACACUCUUCACAUUGCCAGGCGUGUUCGUGAACUUCUGUCCAUUCACAAUAUUGGCCAGCGGCUGUUUGCCAAGUAUGUCCUGGGACUCAGUCAAGGCACUGUCAGCGAGCUGCUAAGCAAACCCAAACCCUGGGACAAACUGACGGAAAAGGGCAGAGAUUCGUACAGAAAAAUGCACGGAUGGGCCUGUGAUGAAAACGCCGUGCUGCUUCUCAAGUCCUUGAUACCCAAAAAAGGCAAAGAGCAAGGCAUCCCACCGUUUGCUCGAGCGACAACAGAAGGUCCAGACAUCAGCGACGACAGAAUCGCUCACAUGUUCAAUGAAUCCAGUCAGCAUUUGCAGCAACUCUCCCGAGAGCCUGAGACCUCCAAUGACGCUGAUAGCAAGAGUCCAAGCCGAUUGGGUUGUCCAAGUCCCUUUGGCAAGGACAGGUACGACUCCCAGAACCGGAGGAUCAAGAAGUACGAGAACGAUGACAUUCCCCAAGAAAAGGUCGUGAGGAUUUACCAAGAAGAGCUUGCUAAGUUGAUGGGCCGACGAGUGGACGACAUCCGGCCGCGAGAUUUCCCACCAACCGCCCAGAACCUUGGGAUGGAGCGGAGCCAGGACGACAUAAGAAUGGCUCUGGACGCUUACCACCGGGAGCUCCAGAAAUUAAACGCUCCUGGUCAGAAUCCUGCUCUGACAGGAAUUCCAGGCCUGCCGUCCCUUCCAGGUCUUUUGGCGUUGCACCAACAAGCGCUGCAUCAGAACCACUUGUCUGCUAACGGAGCAGGAGUCCAGGACCUUAGUCUGGGUAAGGUCGACGCCAGAGGCAAGCUGAUGAACGGAGUCUCUGAGGAGGACAAGGAGAAGAUGGAAGAAGCUAUGCGCCACGCUGGAAGCGCGUUUAGCUUAGUGAGGCCCAAGCAGGAACCUGGUACCCAGUCAACUCCUGGUGGUUCCAGUGCUAGCUCACCUCUAGGCAACUCUAUUCUCCCGCCAGCGAUGACACCCAGCGAGGAAUUCGCUGGUACAGCAGCUGCGAGUCCUCUUCAGCGCAUGGCAUCGAUUACCAACAGCUUGAUCAGCCAACCGUCCACUCAGACCCACCACUCAGCGAACCAGCGGCCACUCAAGGCGGUUCUUCCUCCAAUCACUCAGCAGCAGUUUGAUCUUUACAAUAAUCUUAAUACCGAGGAUAUUGUUAAGAGGGUAAGGAAAUACGUAAGUUUGUGUUUACUCCUGGUGUUGACUCACCAUUCUAAACUGAUGUUUGUCUUACAGGUCAAAGAGCAGCUGUCCCAGUAUUCCAUAUCCCAGAGACUAUUUGGCGAGUCCGUUUUAGGACUAAGCCAGGGGUCAGUUUCGGAUCUUCUGGCCAGGCCGAAGCCCUGGCACAUGCUGACCCAGAAAGGCCGAGAGCCUUUCAUUAGAAUGAAAAUGUUCCUGGAGGACGAGCAAGCGGUCCACAAGCUGGUUGCUAGCCAGUACAAAAUAGCGCCUGAGAAGCUGAUGCGGACCGGAGGCUACGGCGGCCUGCCUCCCUGCGGAACACCAAUGAAGCCAAUGCCACCAACGAAGCUGGUGCAGGAGCAGCUCCAGAACGCAGCAAAGGCCCAGGCAGCCGCUCAAGCAGCAGCUCAAGCCCAACACGAGCUCCAAUUAGGGCCGCCACCAACCCAGCCACCUCAACCACCUCCACCGAUGAUGAUGACACCAACUCAUCACCCUCACGUCCAGCUUACCAUGGAGCUCCAAAAGAAGCAAGCACAGCAGCAAAUGGGUCUCCACUCUCCCCAUCAAAUGACAUCACCACUCCGGAGCUUGCACCCUCAUAUCUCUCCCAGUGUCUACGAAAUGGCCGCGCUGACCCAGGACCUGGACACCCAGACCAUCACUACCAAGAUCAAAGAGGCCUUGUUGGCGAAUAACAUCGGCCAGAAGAUCUUCGGCGAGGCCGUUCUGGGUCUAAGCCAAGGAUCCGUCAGCGAACUGCUGAGCAAACCCAAACCCUGGCACAUGCUGAGCAUCAAGGGCCGCGAACCCUUCAUCAGAAUGCAACUGUGGCUCUCAGACGCCCACAACGUCGACAGACUCCAGGCUUUGAAGAACGAGCGGCGCGAGGCCAACAAAAGAAGACGUUCUUCUGGUCCAGGCCACGACAACAGCUCAGACACCAGCAGUAAUGACACUGCCGAGUUCUACCACGCGGCGUCUCCAGGUCCAGGUCCUCCUUCAGCCAAAAAGCAACGCGUUCUCUUCUCCGAAGAGCAGAAGGAAGCUCUCAGACUGGCCUUUGCGUUGGAUCCGUACCCCAACGUGGCGACCAUCGAGUUCCUGGCAAGCGAGCUAGCGCUGUCUUCCAGGACAAUCACCAACUGGUUCCACAAUCACAGGAUGCGCUUGAAGCAGCAGACUCCCCAUGGCCAACCUGAGCCACAAUCACCACGCGAGCCGGGUCAGCCUUUCGACCCAGUCCAGUUCCGGCUGCUCCUGAACCAAAGACUCUUAGAGAUCCAGAAAGAGCGGCUAGGACUCGGCAAUAUGCCUAUACCCUAUUCGCCGUACUUCAACCCGAACCUGGCUACCUUGAUGACCAACGCCUUGAAGGAACAGUGCUCGGGCCUGGACCUGUCGAUGGGAUCGCUGAAGCGCGAACCUAAUCCGGAGUACGAGGAUGAUGAUGGAGACGAUAUGAGCAACGUAGGUAGUGAAGAUUCUGACGCUUCUGGUGGAAGCAUCAAGCGCGAACCUGAUCUCAAUCAACAAACCAGUGCUCCUGCUGGAAGAUCCAGCAGACGCAAGCCUGCUGCUCCUCAAUGGGUCAAUCCAGAGUGGCAAGAGCCUGCCAGGACUGGGGAUGAGGUCAUUAUCAAUGGUGUCUGUGUUAUGAAGACCGAUGAUUAUGGCGUCAAGCGCGAAGCCGAGGAGACUGUCAGGGUGGAACCUACCCCUGUUUCGGACAGAUACGAUGAUGAUGCUGCCUCCGAAGCCUCUUCGGUCUCCAAUGCGCCUGAGCGAGACGUCCCCACUCCAAGUCCCAGUCUCAAGUCCCAGGGCCAGGCCUCCCCUCCUCCCUCCCCCAGGCCCGAGGGAAUCGAAUCGCCCAAAGAGGUUAAGCAUGAGCCCGACGAGACCUGGGACUACUGA